AUGAAGAAAGCUGAUACUGCUAAAAAAAGCAAGAAUAAGAAAAAUAAAGAUCCUAAAAGCCCAAAAAAGCACGAAGUGGCCCGUUCUGGCCCAGUCACAGGUUUAAGGUCUCAGGCUAAAGACUUUAUUGAUAAGCAUGUCCAAUCCACAAAGCUACAAAGGUGCUGCCGUUCGAUUGCGUCAGGGACGAUGACUGCAAAAAGGUUUGCAAGCUGGGAGGAAUUUGUAUCAAUAAACAUUGUAUUUGCGCUGACGAUGAAGCCACCGUUUUGCCUUCACAGCCCAAGAAGUGUGUAA